AAAUAUGAGAAUGUUAUGAGAUUUACGAAAAGUUGCGACAAGUGGUCGUUCUCUCGUUCCUCGUUCGGGUUCGGCUCGUUGACCUCACGGUGAGGUUAGUUGCUAAACAGUAAAUGCGUAGAAAAAAAUUCAAAUAACCCCUGCAUUGACAGUAUUUAUAAUAACUGGUUUGCCGGUGGUUACUGGUCAACAAAAUAACAAAUUAGUUACGAGCUCUGAGAACGAACACGAAGUCCCGUGAACUUUAUCUGUUUCAUUUUGAAAUCUGUGUGUUUUCAAAAUCGGUCUUGAUUUUGAAGAUUUCUUACGUACGCAGACCCAAAAGCGCAUUAUUACUGGCUUUCGUGGCCUUUUUGUUAGUACUGCUACGUAGAUAUAUUGUUAUACAUAAAAUACAUUUUAUUGUAACAUGAAGAAGCAGAUAAUUCAAAAACCAUUCCGUGUAGCUGUUGAAGGAAAUGUUGGGUCUGGAAAAUCAACAUUAAUAAAGUAUUUUGAAAAGUUUAAGGAAGUUGAAACAAAUCCUGAACCAAUAGAAACAUGGCGAGAUUUAAAUGGUCAUAACUUACUUCAACUAACAUACUCAGAUCCUCACAGAUGGAAUUUUGCUUUUCAACAUAAUGUACAAUUAAGUCGUUUGAAUUUACAGUCAAAAGCUACAACUAAAGACAUACAAAUUUUUGAACGUUCAUUACAAAAUAAUAGAUAUUGUUUUGUGGAGAUGGCUCAUGACAAAGGAUUAUUAUCUAGUCCUGAAUAUGGAGUAAUGUGCCAAUGGUAUGAAUACAUUGAAACAAAUGUUGACAUUGGACUAGACCUAAUUGUGUAUCUAAGAAGCUUACCAGACAUUGUCUAUACAAGAAUGCAACGUCGCAAUCGUCCAGAAGAACGUACUGUAAAACUUGAUUAUUUGGUAGAUUUACAUGAAUAUUAUGAAAAAUGGCUGAUGGAGAAAUAUUAUAAUCUCCCAUGUUCAUUAUUGGUGAUAGAUGUCAACAAAGACUUAUCUGACAAUCAGCUUAUAGAUAUAUAUAAAACUUAUGAAGAUAGAAUUUUAGGAAAAAUACCAGUUUUAUAAUGUUGUAAUAAUAAGUAUCUAUAGUAAGUGAAAUCAUGUGUCAACCAAAUUAUUCUUUUAAAAAUUAAUGCUUAAGUAAUUUUUGAUAUUUAAUAGGUUUAAUUUAUACUAAUUAGUA